AAUAAGUUUAUCUUUACCUUAUAAAUCUAAAAAUGGAAAAUUAUCUAUAUGCAUUAGAGGACGACUUUCUUGAUUUCUACGAUGCCGUAGAUUAUUCUACCAGUUUAGAUUCUCCGAGUUCCAAUGAUUCCGACCAAGAAAAUGUAUUUUUUAACAAUUUAGACAGUAGCAGUGACGAACAUAAAGUAUAUCCACCUAAAAGGGUACACCAGAGAAAAGCUGCUAAUAUGAGGGAAAGACGUAGGAUGAAGUCUAUAAACCAAGCUUUCGAGUGUUUAAGACAAUCUAUACCUCCUAGUGUGACUACAGAAAGAAAAUUGUCUAAAGUGGAUACAUUAAAACUUGCAAUUCGUUACAUUGGAUAUCUAUCGGGGAUUGUUGAAAGCUGUAGCGAGUAUUCCCAGGAUAAAAAUACUGAUGCAAACAAACAAGAAAAGGUUAUUGUUCGUUGUCAUUUUUCAGAUUUUACCAAUAGAGAUAGCGGAGAAGAGCUUCUGGGUCAUUCUUUAUCCUGGACAGACAGUAGAAAUACAACUAAAAUCGGGAACAAUCGUCACACAGCCAAACUGUGGAUACCGGAAAGUCCAACAGAAUCAGAUCUUAUUAACAUAUCAUCCUUUGCGACCGAUUUUAAUAAUUAUCGAUGAACUACAGACUCAUUAAGGUGACUCCCCAAAAUCACCUCUGGAUAAAGGUGCCGGUUUCCAUAUGGUACAAUUCCCAUGAAAGUCUUGAGACAUUUUCAGAACAAGGAACUGUGAUAAGAUUGCUUACAGAUAGUGCUUGAGAUUGUUUACGUCUGUGAUUCGAAUAAUAUUUUGUGAAAAAUUACAAAGUAUACUGACGAUAAAUAAAUACAUUUUUUUCUAGUCCAAUUAUAUA